UAAUUCUCUCCUUCCCACAUGUGAAUGCAGGCAACCCAAUGAAGGAAAUUAAGGGAAAAUAAAACACAGAUGAAACACAAGAUACGAUUAAGGCUUCCAUCCAUAUUGUUCAUCAGCGAUAUACGAAUAUAUGAAUCACAAAUAAUAUUCACUGUUUCUAUCUUCUCCUGUUUCAGUCAUGUACUCGCUGACGCUUCACCCUCCACUCCCCAAUCACCGGAAACAUUUCAGUCAAGAACAAACCAGAGUUUCUUUUACCGUCGAGUUGCAGCAACCCAAAACCCAUUUCGAACCUAUGAAGUUUAAUGCUAAAGCUUUCAUGAUCUCAUGGAGCUCAUUUUAGAGACUCAGUUAAAUAUCAUGUACAAUCAGAGAUAUUAUGAGAAAACCCAAAGUAAGAUCAAAAACCCAGAAAUUCUAAAAACACACCAAAUGAAUAUCAAAUAACCGAGACGCGAUUAUGAGGCUUACGAGAGAGAUCGUUAUAAGGAGAUGACAAGAAAAAACCAUCACACCUUUUUAAUGGCAAUACAAAAAUACCCUGCUUCCAAGGUACAAAUUUGAGUAUGUGUGUGUUUUUUUUGAGGAAGAGGCUGAUCGAUCAGGUGAAGAACAAGAGAGAGAAGUGGGCCAUAUAUUUAUUAUUAAUAAAAAUUUAAAUUAAUAUAAACAAACAUAAAAAAAAUGUAUCAUAAUAUAUUUUAGUGUUUUUAGUUUUUGAAAAUACCAAAACCAAAUGCAAAAGUUAUGGUGGUUUGAACCUUUAGCUUCAAAAAUACAUAUCAAAGAGACUAUUUUUUGCAGUUUUUUCUAAAAAUAAUAAAAUAGUUUUUUUUGAACAAAAUCAUAAAAACUAAAUAAAUAAAUUACAUUAUUGGUAAAGUCCAAACCAUUUACAAGACGAUUUAACGUGACAUAAUAUAAAAUAAUGAAAAAUACAAAGGAUAAUGAAGUUUCCUUAUUACUAAAAAGUGGAAAAAACUUUGCAUCUUUGUCGUAUUUUUCUAUGUUUCCAUCAAUCAUCAUAUAAAUACAAAAUCAAAUGACGAACUUAGUCAGUUUGAAAUUUGUAUAGAAAAACAGUGGUCUUGCAUUCGUAAACACGUAUCAAAAAAGUUAAUAUUAUUAUAAUAUAUAAUGGAAAUCAUAAUAAAAUAUAAAUAUUUGAUUACUUUUUAGAGGAGUUAAUUAAGUUUGAAUGUUUUUUUAUAAUCAAAGAAGCAAUACCUAAAUCUAAAAUCUAAACCAUUAAGAUUAUGUAAAAAAUGUAUUGAAUAAAUUGUCUCAACAAAAGCAUGUCCUUCUGCCUCUUAAUUAUUAUUAUGCCCAUAGAAAUAUCAAAAAUAAAAUAAAAACUUAAAUACCUAUUAUGCAAAAAGAAAAAGAUACGUGUGAAAUUAUUAAAAUAAAUUAAAGGGUUAUUUUCCCGUCAAACCAAGACACCUAAACUCCAGGUGUUUUGAUGAUAAAGGCACCAUAGUUUACUAUUUUUUACAGGUGAAAAAUCAAAUCAGGCUGGUUAUUUGAGCACGGAAACUUAUCUGGACUUAAUGUUUUAUUUUCUACCAGCGAUCAUUGUUAGCAAAAUGAAGCAGUUUCAAGCUUUCCAUUUACUCAUCUUGAUUUCAUUAACAGAAGCUCUUGAUUACGCCAAGCCAGGAUGCAAAGAUACAUGUGGGAAUGUCAGGAUUCCAUACCCUUUCGGAAUUGGACGAAAUUGUUCUCUGAACGAAUGGUACACUCUUGACUGUAACUUCUCUACACCAUAUCUUUCUGCACUCAACAACAUGGAGGUGUUGAAUAUAAACUUGGAACAACAAACGAUCACUGUUAAUGUCUCCAAGAUCUCUAAUUGCCAGAACCCAGUAUGGAAUAGCAGUCAUAUUCUAAGAGCCAACCCUGGUAGUGGUGGGAAUCCCUUCCUAUUUGCCAAAUUGCAUAACAUAUUCGUGGUUGAGGGAUGUGGCAACGCUUUCAUGAUCCGUGACCAUGGGUCGGCUGUUGUCACGGGAUGUUCAGCUACUUGCCACAAUAACACUGUUAGUGAUGUAAACAACUGCUUUGGCAUCGGUUGUUGCCAAACAAUCAUCCCUUAUGAUCUUAAGUCAUUCAGCUUGGAUCUUACAGACAUGGAAACACAGAAAGGAGUUUGUGGGUUUGCCUACUUAGUUGAUAAGAAUUCAUACGUUCAAGGAAGUAGCUUUUCUGACCAAUCCACUUUUGUUCCCAUAUCACUUUUGUGGACUCUGGCUGACCAUGACUACGAUCAAUUACCAGGUUGUUCGCAAUCAGUACGUACAAGAACCGUAUUUGAUCUAGGUUACAAUACAUCCGCAGAGUCUAUUAGGUGUGAGUGUGGUGCAACAUAUGAAGGAAACCCUUAUUUAGAGGGUGGAUGCAAAGAACAUGAAGAAUGUGUGAAGUGUCGUCGUACUGGGGGUAAUUGCAUCUUUGACCCAGUAUAUAAUGUUGACUUGAAACUGAUCUGGAAUGUUACUUGUCUUUCUAACGAAACAAAUCGUAGCCAUGGUUUUAGAAGCAGCAAAACGUCACUAGGUGUUAUACUAGGUGUUAGCAUAAGUAUGGGACUGGUUUUUUCAACAAUGCUCGUCUAUGCAUUGUAUAAAGUAAUCAAGAAAACUAAAUCCAAGCGGCUGAAAGAAAGGUUUUUUAAACGCAAUGGUGGUCUACUUCUUAAGCAACAACAAGCAACCAAUAUUCAUUUAGUUGACAAAACCAUACUUUUCAGCUCCAACGAGUUGGAGAAGGCAACUAACCAUUUUAAUGAGAACAGAAUUCUUGGUCGAGGAGGUCAAGGUACAGUGUACAAAGGCAUGUUAACCGAUGGAAGGAUUGUAGCAAUCAAGAAAUCAAAGAUGGUUGAUGAAAGCCAACUACAACAAUUCAUUAAUGAGGUAGUCAUUCUUUCACAAGUCAAUCAUAGAAACGUGGUCAAACUACUUGGAUGUUGCUUAGAGACUGAGGUUCCACUGCUUGUCUCCGAGUUCAUCUCGAAUGAUGUUGCAGGAGCACUUGCUUACUUACAUUCAUCAACCUCCUUUCCGAUAUACCAUAGGGACAUCAAAACCACAAAUAUACUCUUAGAUGAAAAGUAUAGAGCAAAAAUUUCAGACUUUGGAACUUCAAGGCUUGUAUCGAUAGAUCAAACUCAUUUGACUACCUUAGUCAAAGGGACAUUUGGUUAUUUGGAUCCAGAGUACUUCCAAUCGAGCCAGUUCACCGAAAAAAGUGAUGUCUAUAGUUUUGGAGUAGUUUUGUUGGAACUAUUAACAAGAGAAAAGCCAAUCAUCUUCACUAGCUCUGGUGAAAAUAAAAGUUUAACAACACACUUUUUGUUAGCCAUGGAAGAAGGUCGUGUGAUGUCUAUUUUUGAUGCAAUAGUUGUUAAGGAGGGUUCUAGGACCGAACUGUUGACCAUAGCUAACUUGGUAAUGCGAUGCUUAAAUAUGAAUGGUAAAAAUAGGCCAACAAUGAAAGAAGUUUUCGUUGAGUUAGAAGGCAUUCGGUUGUCACAUGUUCCUUCUAAGGUCCAAACUAAUUUUGGACAUGCAAAAUACUAUGAAGAGUUCCCACUAGCGUAUGGUGAGUCAACAUCGACAACAACCACAUUUGAUGAAUCACUGUAA